AUGAAACAGAAUAUGGCACACACUUAUUAAAUAAUGAAUCGAAUAGGUUUCAUCAAGAAGAUAAUAUCCACUUAUUAAAAAACUAAUUAUUAGACCCAAACAAAGUUCUUCUUAUUUAGAAACAUCUUAGAUUAUUAGUCAAAGUAGAGAUUCAAUUCAUAAAUAAUAAAGAUAAGAUAAAAUUGAAAGAUAAGAAUGAAGAAUUAGAAUAUCAAUUAAAAGAAAGUAGUUAGAGAGAAGGAUAAUAUAAUUAUCUCAAACAAUUGACAUUUAUGUUAAGAAGAUAGAGUAUUUGAAUGAAGAGAUUCAAAGAUUCCAGAAAUCUCAAAACUAAAUACUUUUCUAUUUAAAAGAGCAUUAGAAGUUAUUUAUAAUAUAAGACAACAUAAGAAUGAAAUUGUGAUAAAAAAAAAUUUAAUUUACUUCUAUUUUUAAUAAAUUAGCUGUUUAAUGAUCGGCAGAAAUUUGUAAAAGACAAUCUAAAUUAUUAAUACUCUGAUAAUAAUUAUAUAUUGAAGUUGAAAAUAUUCAAAUCCCUAAAAAAUAGAAUUACUUAAUAAGAUAAAAAGAUUUUUAAUGUUUAAUAAAAAAAAUAAUAUUAAUUAAAAGAAAGAGAAUAAUAAUUUAAAAUAAUUUUCAUCUUGUUUAAAAUAGAAGAAAAGUAGAAAUAAAAAAAUGAAUUUGAUUAAGUAUUAUUAAUUUUGAAAAUGUAUGAAGAUUAAUGGAAGGAGAGAGUUUAGGAAAAAAUUACAAAAAUUAAAGAAGUAUAAUAAAAACUUAAAAUAAUUAAAUGA